AAGCGCAUGCGCAGUGCAAGGCACGCGACUCCUCAGGCGCGCGGCGUGGGGUUUCUUGCGUCUCUCAGCGGGCGGAAGCGCAGCCCGACGUGAGGGGCGGGGGAAGGCGCUGACGGCGACGCUGGUUCCGGUCGCGAGGGGCUUCCUGGUCGCAGCAGGCAGCGCUAGUUUGUAGAAGCAAAAUAUUUUCCAUGAUGUUUGGAGAAUAUGAUGAUAUAGAAGCGAUUGAAGAUGAUCUCUACUGUGAAGAUUCUUCUAGUGAAGGAAGUAUUGAUAGUGAAGUGGAAUUUCAUCUUUACAGUCAAGUCCAUUAUGCACAAGCCCUUGAGGAUGCCAAUGGGCAAGAAGAAACUAACAAAACCAGACCUGUUACAAAGCAGAACUCAGUACGUAAACAUGAUCAGAAAAGCAACUUUAUUGUUAUUUCAGAUAGUGAAAUUCAUACUUCAGAUAGCCCAGAUGUCAUCAUCUUGUCGGAUACCCCUGAUGAAGACAGCAUUUACAAAAGCAAACUCCAGAACCCAACAACAUCAGCAGAAUCAUCUAAUUUUUCUGAGCCCAUCUCAUCAAAACCAACUACAGACCACCUACAUGACACCCAGAAUUCAAAGAAACAAGCUACUCCGAGAAGGAAAAACAAGUCUAAUCAAAAGGCCAUCUCUGUUCACCGUGAUGGUAUCCAUAUGAUUCAUAAGAUCUUAGUAAUAGAAGACAGCUCUAAUGAUGAGGAUGCAGAUGAUGUGACAAGUAUCCCUUCUGAAAGUGAUAAUUUGGAGAGGUGGAUGCUGCUGGGAGGAGAGAAAGAUGAUGGUGAUGAUGACAUUCUUUUAAAUCUCGAGGGCUGUGGAACUUCAUCUGCUGAAGGAGAAACUGAAAUAAGCUGGGCCAUCAGUGAUAAAGACUUAGAGGCCCAGAUUGGUAACUAUGUUGCAGUGCGGCGUAACAACAGAUACUACACACUAGACAAAAAUGUCACUUGUAGAAAUUGCGAUAAACGAGGUCAUUUAUCAAAAAAUUGUCCUGAUCCAAAGAAAAUUCCACCUUGUUGUCUCUGUGCACAAAGAGGUCACUUGCAAAACAGCUGUCCAGCACGAUUUUGUUUAAAUUGUUGCUUGCCCGGACACUGCUCUAGAGAGUGCCUUGAGAGAGAGUACUGGAAGAAACAUUGCAACCGCUGUGCUAUGAGAGGCCAUUAUGCAGAUGCUUGCCCAGAAAUAUGGAGGCAGUAUCACCUAACAACAAAACCAGGACCACUGAAGAGGGCAGAUUUUUCUUCUGAUCAUACUUCGAUGUACUGUUACAACUGUGCAGAGGAAGGCCAUUAUGGAUAUGAAUGCAGAGAAAAGCGGAUGUUUGGAGGAACAUUUCCUACCUUCCCUUUCAUUUAUUACUAUGAUAACGAAUAUGAUAUCAAGAGGAAUGAUGAGAGAGCAAAAAAGAGAGUGCAAGAACUUCAGGAAGCCGGACUUCUGCCAAUGGCUCUAAAGAGAUCACAAAUGGACAGUGCCCAGAAAAGGCACAGCCACAAGAAAAAAAGGAAAAUGUCAAAGGAGCAUGACAAGAGAGAUGAUAGGCAUCAUAAAAAGUUGAAGAAAAAUUACUAUGUGGACACACUCAAAGGAAGGAAGCAUCAGAAAGAUGACCAUGGUGGCAACUAUAGCCUGGAAGAAGACUUUCCCAGAGGAGGUCAUGUGAAUACUUUUAGAAAGAGCAGAAGAGCCAACACACACUGCAACUUCGACCUCCCAAGAAACAGGGGCAAAGCAGAAAUCGUUCAGGCUUCUCUGGGGGCUGCCAAAAAUAAGAAAAAGAAGAAAAAGAAAAAGAAGCAGAAGAGUUACACAAGCAGUAGUCCCACAAGGGAUGAAAGUUUGUUUCUUAUAAAGCAAAGAAAAAAGAAGCCAAAAGAGAAACCGAGUUUCUGAACUGACAAAAGUUGACUUAGACAUUGGGGAUUGGGACUUAAGAGAUGACCUUGAUGUUCUGCCUCUGCCUGUCCAGCAAAGCAGUGGGGCACUAAAACUGUCUCUAUAUAGGCUGGAGAACAUUAGAAGAGAGUUCCCCUGUGCCAUUCCAUGAAUAUGGUAUUUUGGGUUGUGACAAUAAAGGAUUAUUGUAUACAACCGUAUAUAA